CAGGGGGAGGGAUGCGGGGAGUGGUGAUGUAUAAAGCAUCCCACACCUCCGCCUCUCCGUCACUUCAGCGCUUCAUUGACUGAUUUUCUCUCCUUUCUUCUUUGUAUCUCAGCAUCGGAACAAAAAUCAGAGAUGUCCACACCACAUUACUCAUCCGCAGAGCCAAAUCCAGCCUUUACCUGGGGUAUGUCCUCCACCAUGUCUGACAUCCAGAAGGCCAUGGCUCUCCUCAUCACCUCCUUCUCCAAAUAUGCCGGCAGGGAGGGAGACAAGAACACCCUGAGUAAGGAGGAGCUGAAGGAGCUUCUGCAGACGGAGUUUGGAGACAUGGUUUGUAAAUCCGACGACAAGGAAGCCAUCGACCGCAUCUUCAGAGACCUGGACACGAACCAGAGCAACAGCGUGGAUUUCAGCGAGUUCGUCAAGCUGGUGUGCUGCCUCACCCAGAUGUGCCACGAGUUCUUCACCGGCAGGAAGUAGGAGAGGCGCCGACAGCCGCCUGCCUGCCGCUCUGUGGAGGGAAGAUUAGUAAAAAAUCAUUGUGAUCAAAGCCAAAAAAUAAAAGUUUGGUUCCUGAAA